UUCAUUCACUCGGGAGCCUAGACAACUGAUGGUCACAGCCACACAGCAUAGGAUGUUGGAGAAAAUUAUAUUACCUUGUCUUUUAGCUUGCAACUAUACUGAUUUUGGCACAAAAAAAAGAGUAUUUUUUAAAUAGCUUUUUUAAUACGAUCGGUGCGUAAACGGAUAUGUAUUUGUCACUACAGUUCGGCAUGUGACAGCCGCAUUAUGCUCGACUCAUCUCUCAACUUUAGGCUGCGGAAGAAAGGCUGGACCGUGGUUGUAGUUUUAGGUGUUGUUAAUCUCUUAGUGGUUUUAUUUAAUUUAAUGGGUUACUCGAAUGGGUUGUCAAGAAAGACACAGACGCGAAUUGAAACAGCUUUUAUUACCGUGACACUUCCAACGCAAGAUAAUGGACAACACGACCUUAAUAACAGCGUUGUAACUCCGAAGUUUAAGGAUAUACAUUUACCCAAUGCAGCUACUACAACUACUACUAACACUACUUCUACUACAACUUUGUGGAAUAAGUUUGAAAAAUGUCCUGAUCCGUCUCCUCAUCUGGUGGGGCCUCUCAGGGUGGAGUUCUCUACGCCUGUCAGCUUGGACACAGUGAGGAAGGAGAACCCAGGUCUGCAGGGAGGAGGUCGCUACAAACCACAAGACUGCGCCGCCCUCCAAAAGGUUGCUCUAAUCAUCCCCUUCCGCCAUCGCGACGAUCACCUCAAGUUCUGGCUCUACUACCUCCAUCCCAUCCUUCAGCGCCAACAGCUGGACUACGGCGUCUAUGUCAUCAAUCAGGAUGGAGACAACACAUUCAACAGGGCCAAGCUGAUGAACAUUGGCUAUGCUGAGGCCCUGAAAGAGUAUGACUACGACUGCUUUGUGUUCAGUGAUGUGGACAUCAUCCCCAUGGAUGACCGCAACCCCUACAAAUGCUUCAGCCAGCCCAGACACCUGUCUGUCUCCAUGGACAAGUUUGGCUUCAAGUUGCCCUAUAACCAGUACUUUGGCGGUGUCUCAGCGUUAAGUAAGGAGCAGUUCCUGGAAAUCAACGGCUUUCCCAACAACUACUGGGGCUGGGGUGGUGAAGAUGACGACAUUUUCAACAGGUUGAGCUCCAGAGGAAUGUCCAUCUCUCGUCCAGAUGGCGAGGUCGGAAAAUGCCGGAUGAUCCGUCACGAGAGAGACAAACUAAACGACCCAAAUCCUCAGAGGUUUGACAGAAUACAACGCACGAGACUGACGAUAAAUACAGAUGGGAUCAGCUCUCUCAAGUACAAAGUCGUCAAAGUGGAAAAGGAUGCUCUGUUCACGAAAAUCACAGUAGAUGUGGGGAAACCUUAGUGAAAGUGGAUAAAUGUUAGUAGUUAUUUUGCACAUCCUUUAUCACAAGGUGGAGGGCAGAGAAAGCACAGCGGAACCACGGAGUGCAGUACUGAGAAUACUCUGAAUUCUCCGGAACACGUGUAUUUAUUGUGGAAACAAAUGGACAGCACUUGGAUGAAUGUGAUGGCACAACAAGACCUCAUAAAUAUCAGAGUGGAUCAAAAUGUUUGAUCAACAUGUUUGACUUCUAAUGGCAGGACAAGGGAAAGGGCGUGGGAUGAAGAAGUUAUUUUGUAUGUCAUUUGUAAUGAGUUGUCUUUGUGUAAUUCUGUAAGGGAGAACUACUUGGUUUAAAUGUGUAUAUAAGUUGUAUACAUUUGCAUAUAGUUAAUACAUAUUUUAUAUAUUGUUUCUUUCAUUUUCGGCUUAGAUAUGAGAUGAUUAUGGGUUUAAUAUAUUUUUUUGCGGAAACGUUUCCCAUGUUUGAAACUGUGUGAAAGGUCUUAAUCACAAUCUAAAAGCAACGAUUGGUUUGGUUACUUAUAUAUGUUUCUAAGAACA